AUGGGAUUAGGGCCCAGGGCGGGUCUCAUGCGCGGUCACUUCUUCGUGGUGAGACCUGGUAAUUGAUAUCGUUUUCCAAACUAUUUUUGUAAGACGAUAUCAAGCCAAGAACUACGCAACCUACAGUCCAGUCUAGAUUAUGCAAAUUUUUUUCUUUUUCCUUUUAUUUGGUAUCUAGUCUGGCCUGUCAUUUAGUUGAUAAGUAAACUAUUAGAUCUUUUCGCAGUGCGUUUAGUUUUAGUAGUAAUAAUUAAUCAUAAGAUAAUUAAUCUCUGUAAAUUCAAUGAAAGCACAUUCUAUAGAAUACGCUUGUCACUAUAAUAUAUAUGAAACAACUUUUAUUUUUUCUUUAAACAUGUAAAAUAUUUUGAACCAAUUUUAACUUAAUUAUAAUUAUUUUCAAUUUAAACUUUGAUUUGUAUUUUAAUAUAUUGUGCUUUGGUUUACUUUUCAUCAUCUUUUUUUCGAAACUUCCUUUGCUGUUCGUUUGCAUAAUAAUAAGAAAUUCUAAACAUUUUACAAUUGUAUAUCAAAAGGAUUUCUUUUUUUUUUAAAGUAAAGAAGAGUGGAACAAGGAUAUGUAGUAACCUCAACGUGGUGAGACCAGGGUAAUCAGUAUUAUUUCUGAUACAAUUACUAAUUGCAUUACUGCGAUACAGUUAAUAUAACAAUUAUGAGUUAAUAUAACAAUAUGAGCUAAUAAGCGAUCACGAUUUAGUUUUUAUGUAAUUAAAGAAUUUGUUGAGUUGUUAGAGAGAUUGUUGAUUUCUAAAAUUAUAGAUUGAAUUUUUUUGUGAUAACAUAUAGUGCAUUUUUAAAUAUUGUAGAAGACCGUAGACUUCAGAUUUUGAUGGAUAUUUCAAAACAUGAUUUGAUAAAAUGCAAUGUCUCCUUUUUGAUUAACUAUCAGGUCCAUUCCAAACAUAUUUCGUUCCUAAAUAUUUCAAUAAAUAAGAAAUCCUGUUAUAAGUAUUGAUUUUAUCGUUUCCAACGAAAAACCAAUCGAUGAAUUCGUAAAACACGAAGAGAGCUUUUUCUGACACACAAUAAAUACAUAAAUAAAAAAUGGAAUAAUUUUAAAUACUAAUCUCAUGUUUUAGAAUCUGGAAAUACAAUUAAACAUUUUGCUUGUAUCAUUUUAGUUAAUAUAAUCACAAACGAACUUUACAUUUUAGUAUUGAAAAUUUGACAACACUGAUGAAUCUCAAAAAUCAUAUUACUGGCGCAUUCACUAAUUCCCUAACUCACCGUUGUUUAAACGUAGAGUGCGCUGAAAAACCAAACAUAUUUGAAAAUUUGAAAGUCAUUCCAAGGUUCACUGCAAAUACGAAUAGCAGGAACUGUAACGCAUCCUACAGUAGUUUGAUUGGUCGACAAAAUACAGUUCAUCAUGGAGUACAUGCUGCAAAAAGUGAAAGCAACGACAACUCAUGUAACUCGACUUCUUGUGCUGAAUUGCUAUCAAAAACAAAUUCUAAUGAAAAUUUGUUGGUAGAAACGAAAGAUUCAACGUCAAAACAUGAGAUUGAAAACAUACAAAAGAUAGAUAAUAAUAUUGCAACUACCUCGCAAAAUCCACCCCAAGAGAAUAUAGACUUUAAAGUGAUAUAUAAUAAGCAAAGGAUUAAUGUAAAUUUUCCACUUGAUGGCACAGUGGCGGAAUUAAAAACUCAUCUCCAAAAUAUCAUAUCCGUGCCACAAGCUAUGCAAAAAGUUAUGAUCAAAGGAUUAGCCAAAGAUGAACAAACAUUAAGAAACUUGGGUGUUACAAAAGGUGCCAAAGUCAUGGUAGUAGGGUCAAAACUAGAUGAUGUAUUAGCCAUUUCGAUUCCAACAAAACAGGAUUUGUCAGAUGAAGCUGCUUCCACUACAAAUAAAGAACCUUUAUCUCAGCAAAAAAUGCAUAGGAAAGUAUUAGAUAAAGGGAUACCUGACGAUGUAAUGCCUGGUAUAUUAGAUAGUAAGGAACCUCUACCAGAAUUUCCAUUGGCUGGCAUGUUAAACAAAUCUGGUGGUAAAGUUAGAUUAACAUUUAAAUUGGAGCAAGAUCAACUUUGGAUUGGUACAAAAGAAAGGACAGAUAAAAUACCUAUGAAUUCCAUAAAAGGUGUACACAGUGAACCAAUACAUGAUCAUCCAGAAUAUCAUAUUAUGGCUAUACAGCUAGGCACAACAGAAGCUUCGAGAUAUUGGAUAUAUUGGGUUCCUGCACAGUACAUAUCGGCUAUAAAAGAUGCUAUUCUUGGCAAGUGGUGCUACUUCUGAUUGAACAUUGAUGGAAAUUUUGGUCUAUUCGAAAACAAAGCGUAAUCAGGUGUAAGCAUUGAUACAAACACGACUGUACUAGUCACACGUUUUUAACAGUAAGUAAUAACUUAUUUUGCGUUGGAUAAUAACUGAUAUGUUUUAAUAAAAAUAUUCUCUCUUUCUGUUAAGGAAGUUUUCUUAGACGAUUUUUAAUUUUGUUAAAAACAAUAACAAAGAUAUUUUAUAAAAAUUGAUACAAUUCUAAUAGCAAAAAAAGAAAUGUUUAUACAAUAUUACGAUUUCCGAGUUACUGAAAUCUUUUAAUACAUUGAAAUAAUACUGUAACUGUAAUCUUAUUUUCUGUGAAUUAUAUCAUGUAUAAGAUUGUAAAUAUAAUAAGUUUUUUAACUCUUAUAAAAAUACAUUUACAUUUAAAAAAAACAUUUUAUUAUCUUAGGAAAAAAAAUUGUCAUUUAAAUGAACAGAUCAAAGAAUUUCAACUUUUCUGUUUAUUUAAAUAGAAACACUUGAAUCUUUAAAAUAAAAGUGAAAUGUUUGUAAAAUUACAUUUGUAGGAGGAAGUGAAGAAAGAAGUUAUGAUGUUGCAUUUACAAACUUUUGAAGUUCGUCGAGAAAUUAUUCAACUUUUUACUAGAUUUAAUGACAUCAAAUGAGAAAUUAAAGUAAUUUAAACAUUUAAAAACAGAUUGUUUCAAAUCUGUUUUUAUAAUUACAAUUUAUGUUCAUUAUUAAAACUGAUUUUAAAAGUAUUAAGUUUCAAAACAAAUAUGUUGCAAAUUUGAUUUGAUUAAGAAAACAAAAGAGAAAUUAUAAACAUUUAUUAGGUUGCAAUGAACUAAGUUAUCAAGAAAUAUAGUCCGCAUUUUACACGAAUAAAAAAAAAUGCAAUUCAGUACAGUGAGUGGUACUAUUCGAUUAUGAAACAACGAAUUUGUCGAAAUACAUUUGAUAUUGGCCUAUAUGUAAGACGUAUGACAAAAAUUGAUCAAGGCAAUUAAGAGUCAUCAAAAAUUUCGCUGUGUAAUAGAAUUCAAGUGGACUGUAUAUCUCGACGAACGUAAGUUAAAUUAUUACGUAAUGUUAGUAUUAUAAGCUGCUGUAAAUUAGGUUUUGUACUGUACAACAUGUACAACUGAAGAAAGGAGAAUCCAGAAAAACGACAAAUCAAACUUGUAUUUACCGUAAUAUCUACAUGGAAUUCAUAACUAUUUGCACAUUCGAAAAAUUAUCAGUGUCCAUUUAAAACAAGACUUGUACAUCAUGUUGUGUGAUUUGAUAAGAAUAAACAAUUUUAAAUCUUCUCUAUCGUGAGACUUUUCUU